AAGAGCGCGCCCACCGAGAGCGAGCUGAAGUUCCACUACACGGUGCACACCUCGCUGGACGUGGUGGACGAGAAGGUCUCCGCGCUGGGGAAGGCGCUGGUGGACCAGCGGGAGCUCUACCUCGGCCUGCUCUACCCCACCGAGGACUACAAGGUCUAUGGGUAUGUGACGAAUUCCAAAGUGAAGUUUGUGAUGGUGGUGGAUUCUUCCAACACGGCGCUCCGAGACAAUGAAAUCCGCAGCAUGUUCAGGAAAUUGCAUAAUUCUUAUACAGAUGUCAUGUGCAACCCCUUUUAUAAUCCUGGAGACCAAAUCCAGUCCAGGGCCUUUGAUAAUAUGGUGAUGUCCAUGAUGGUUCAAGUUUGCUGAAGGUUCUGCCUCUUCUACCAGCUCCUUGGCCUGAGAAAACCUGCCCUGUACAGACUUGUUUGAUGUUCUUCCUGUAUAUUCUGCCCUUUGGUGUUGUAUCCUAUAAAAUAAACUCCUCCGCUCAAUCA